ACAAAGUCUGAGAAACGCAGGUCGAUCGAUCCUCUCUCUUACUCAUCGUCGCCCUUUUCUUUUACUCUAUUGCACUGAACUCAAAUAUCAAGAAUGAACGUCUUUAUAUAUGUUUUAUUCUCGAGUUCUAAUGGUUGAAUAUGUAGAGAUCUGCAGUUUUCCAAUUGCUUUUGAUUUAACUGAUUCGUUUUUCUUAAAGGGUCUUUUAGUCGAAGUUGAGUUUGCAAAUAUAUGGUUUUGUUUUCUUUUUUUUUCAAAAAAAAAUAUGGUUUUGGGUUUUGUUCUUUUACACCUGGCUUAAGAGUGCGAUACAAUUAUUAACUUUAGAUUUCUGAAUUUGGAGUUCCUCGAUCUGAUCUACAGUUGUGUUUUUGAGACGACAAAAUUUUCUGAUAGGGUUUGAUCACCGAGUAAUUUCCGUUGAUCUUCCCGCUUAGGGUUUUUGAACUUUCACCAUAACAAUUUUUUUAACACGUUGAUUAGGCAUGAUCGCUUCUCGUCGUGGUGUAGAUGCUAGUUGGGUUUUGCUAUGAACGUCUGCUUUACCACAUGUUAUUUUAUUUCUUCUUACAUCUUUGGCUCGUUCUUUUGUUUUUGAUCAACCUCAAAGCUUGGUGAUAGUUACGCUUUUGUCCUUUUGAGUUUAUUGACAAGAAACGUUGUUGUGUUUUUUUUCUUGCAGAGAUGGUUCCGAUGAGGACGCUGACUUUGAUCUAAACAAGGAUCCGACACCUGAACAGGUUGAAGGACUUGCCGAAAGAGAAGCGGUUUGUCUCUAUCUAAAUGUGAUAAUAUACACUGUCUAUCUGAAUGUUAGGGGAAGAAAAUGCAUACAGAAAAACUUGGAUGUGGAAUAUUUAUUACACAUAUCGAUAAUAUAUAUUUAUAUAAAUAAAGUCAUGUGUUGAUUGCUUGUAGGUUACUCCUCUUACAGAGAUGGAAAAGAUUUUGGACUGCCAAAUGCGUCCUAUGGCAUCUAACGAUCUGAAUUCAUCAGAUAAUGUUGUGAAACAAUAUCUUGUGAAGUGGAAGGGGUUAUCUUACCUACACUGCUCUUGGUAUCUCCCGCAUGAUUUUAUGCUAUGUUUGAACAUGCUUAGUAUUAUGUUCAUGGUGGUUUUGUCGUGCAUGCCUCUUGUCUGCUUAUAUCAUCUUUUCCUCUCUUUUUGGGGGUUUGCCAACCACAGGGUGCCUGCGCAGGAGUUCCAGAAGGCCUAUAAGUUCAACCCUCGUUUAGUAUUCAGGGUGAUCAGAUUUCAUUCUGCGAUGGAGUCAAUGAGUAAAAAUGGAGAGGAUUUUGUUUCCAUUCAUCCUGAGUGGACCACUGUUGACCGGGUUAUAGAUUGCCGGUUAAGUGAUGGAACUCUUUUCUUUUUGUUUAUUCAUGGAAAUUCAGGAGUAUGUGUUUACUCUUGGUUUUUGCUGCUGAUGCAGCGGAGAAGAUGGGGGCAAGGAGUAUCUGGUGAAGUUCAAAGAACUUUCUUAUGAUGAGUGUUAUUGGGAAUCUGAAUCAGACAUAUCAACCUUCCAAAACGAAAUCCAGAGGUUCAAGGAUAUAAACUCUGGUUAUCGCAGAGAUAAAUAUGUAGGCCAUGAGAGAAGUCAUGAAGAUCUCAAACAGUUUGAUCAUACUCCUGAGUUUAUUACAGGCUCAUUGAAUCCGUAUCAGCUUAGUGGGCUUAACUUUUUGCGGCUUACAUGGUCAAAACGAGCUCUUGCAGUCCUUGAUGAUGAGAUGGGGAUAGGUACGUAUGUCUUCAGUAAUAUCCCACCCUAGCUGGUGACAAUGUACAUUUUUAUCUAUUAUGAGAAGACUUUUUUUUUUCAUUUACGUGAGAUUAAUAAGAUUGAGAUUUAUGGUUGCAGGCAAAACAAUUCAAAGCAUUGCUUUUUUAGCUUCGCUUUUUGAGGAAAACUUGGAUCCGUAUUUGGUAGUUGCUCCCGUUUCCACUUUGAGAAACUGGGAGAGAGAAUUCGCCACAUGGGCACCACAUAUGAAUGUGGUUAUGUACUGUGGUAAUUCUCAAGCUCGUACUGUUAUUAGAGACCAUGAGUUUUACUUCCCAAAAGGUCAUAACAAGAUGACUGGAAUCAAUGGAGAAAGCAAACAGGAGAGGAUGAAGUUUGAUGUCAUUCUCACGUCUUGUGAGAUGAUCAACGUAGACACAGAAAUCCUAAAACCAAUCAAGUGGAAAUGCAUGAUUGUUGAUGAAGGCCAUCGGUUGAAAAAUAAAAAUUCAGAGUUGUUCAAUUCGCUGAAGCCGUAUACGAGUGAACAUCGCGUUCUAGUUAGAAAGAACUUGGAUGAUGAGGCUGCUGUCUUAGAGGAAGCACACGCUAUAGAAAACAAGUCUUCAACAUCAAAUUAUUUGGAAGAUUCGUUAAAAGACAAGUAUGAAAGUCAGCAAGUUGAGGAGCUCAAUGUUCUUGGAAAGAGGAAGAGAAACCACAAACAGGUAUACUCUUCUUAAUCCAACCAGUUCAAUUACGGGCUUGUAGCAUCAGGUGAUACUGAUUUGUUAUUAUAUCUUUUAGCAAAGGUGUUCUUAUUUCUCGUCUUGUUAACUUUACUAGAAGUUUGGCGAAGAUGCGCUUCGUUAUCAAGAAGCUGAACAAACUGAUGGUGAAGCAGCUGGACAGGGAAACCAGAUGGCUUAUUGGCCAUACAAUAGAAGGAACCCCGGUACUAUAAUUAUUUUUGAUAUAAUUAUGUUUCUUCUUGUUAAUUUUACUAGAUGAUUGAAGAUAAUGAACUUGCUUGUUUAGAAGCGAACUCUGCUCAUGAAGAACCCAAACCAAUUGAUGGUGAAGCAGCUAGACAAGGAAACCAAAUGGCUAAAAGGCAUUACAGUAGAAGGACUCGCGGUACUAAAAUGUUUUUUGUAUAUAAUUAUGUUUUUCAAAUA